AUGCUAGCCAAGUGUCUUGUUCACAAAUUUUCGUUACAAAAAAAUUCAAUAAGUUCAGAAACAAACGAAUUUGAAUGUCAUUGUACUGCUAGUGUUAACCUUGGAACACGAAAACCAAUAGGAAAAAUUAAAGUCGUCAUAUUAUCUCUUCAUCGUGUGAUAACAUUAAGUGAUAAUCUUCUUCAAGUACUUAAUAGUGAUAAUUUACAAUUUAUAUCAAAUAUAAAAUUAAAAAAUAUUAUAACAUUUGCUGUUUCAAAUCAAUUCAAACAAGGAGCAUCUAUUGAUAUGUGUGUAUCAACAAAACGUAAUAAAUUACAAAUCUAUCGACUUGAUCGAAUGAAUAUUAAUUUAAUAUAUGAAAUAUCUGUACACGAUCCAUUAAUAUCAAUUGGAAUAGAUGAAUGUGGUAUUCUAGCAUGUUCAAAAACAGCUUAUUUUGCUUAUAGACCUACAAUAAAUAAUGAUCGUCGAUCAACAGGUUCUUUACAGACUAUAUUUACAUUACAUGAUCCUAGUAUAGUGGCUUGUUUUACUUUUAUUAAACCGGGUGAAUAUCUUCUUAGUGGUCCUAAUAUUGGCAUUACAACCACUCUAGAAGGCACAAGUCAACGUACUCCGAUUAUGUUUAUUAGUCAACCAAAUGAUUUUAUCUAUUCACAUCCAUAUCUACUUGUGCGUGUCAAAGAUUACAUUCAUAUUUAUAGUUAUUUGGAUGAUCAAUUGAAACAAGAAAUACCUUUAAAAAAUUGUCAAACUUUAAUAAAUAUUCCUGAAGGAAAUAUAAAUAAUAUUUUAAUAAAUACUAAAGAUAAUAUUUAUUUACUUGAAUCCCUUAGUAUACAAGAACAAAUAGAUCAAUUAUUAAAUACAUACCGAUUACAAGAAGCAUUAAUAUUAGCUGAAAAUAAUUUUUCAUCUAUUGAAAAACAUAAUACAAAUUCUCUUAUAUUAUCAACAAAAAAACGUGUCGGUUUUAUUGAAUUUAAUUCUAUGAAUGUUAUUCGAGCAUUACAUUUAUUCGAUGAUAUUGAUUUAGAUUUUCAUGAAAUAAUAUUACAAAUACCAAAUUUUCUACCAUUAAAUUCUCCUUGGCCAGAUUUCGAUGAAAAUAUUAAAAGUCGAUAUAUUCUAUGGUUAAAUGCAUUCUGUGAUUAUAUGACAAAACGAUCCGAAGAAUUUUCUCGUCAAUCAGAUUAUUAUUCAUCGUUAUUAAAAGCAUAUUUAAUUAUAAAAUCACGUGAAACAAUUAUAGAAUUUCUUGAAAAAUAUGCAUCAUAUAUUCCAAUUGAUUUUCAUAAUUUACUUUUUCAUAUUCGACUUUAUCAUGGUGCAGCAAUACUUUAUUCUGCACAUGGUAAGCAUGAACAAACAAUUGAUAUUUGGAAAAACGUAGAAUUAAAUCUUGAUCGAUCAUUGGAAUUUUCUGUUGGAAAAUGGUUAUUAGAACAACAUGAAGAAGAACUUGCAACAAAAAUAUUUAUUAGUAAAUAUCAAAAUGAAUCGAAUCGUGAUCCAUUUAAUUCAAAUAAAGUUACUCACUUAUUAAAACCAUACCCAACAGCAUUGAGAAAUUAUCUUGAACAGGGUGUGUUUAAAUUAAUGAUUGAAACUGAUGAAAUUCAUACAAUGUUAGUGAAUAUUUAUCUCGAUCAAAUUUUAUCCAAAUCUUCUGAUGAUAAUGAACAAACUCGAACUAAAUUACAAGAAUUUCUUGUUAAAUCAAAUUUCUAUCGGGUUCAAUCGGUUCUUAAUCGAAUCAAUCAAACAAAACGAUUUAAACGUGAACUUGCUCUUCUUUAUGGCAAAAUGAAUAAUUUUGAACAGACAUUUCAAAUACUUGUCAAUGAACUUGAAGAUUUUCAAUAUGCAGAAAACUAUUGUGUUGCUUUAUCAUAUGAUAAAUCAAGUGAUGAUCGAAAAAUUGUCGCUCAUGCUUUAUUCAAUGCUUUUCUUGCUUCAUUAGAUAAACACCCAAAUGAAAUAACUGCAGCACUUCUUCAUCUUCUGUGUAAUAACGAAGUUGAAUUUGAUUUUAUUGAAAUUUUAAAACGUUUACCAUCUCAAUGGUCAAUUUCCUCAUUAAAAGAUAUUCUUUUACGUGCUACACGUACCUAUUCGUAUAUAAAACGUUCAACAAAACUUGAAAUAGCUUUAGAUCGUAUACAAAAUGAAAAAUUAAAUAUCAAAUUAAGAAAAUUAAAACGUUCAAAUGUAAUUAUAAACGAAUAUCGACGAUGUAAAAAUUGUUUAAAACAAUUUUAUGAAGCAUCAUGUAUUGUUUAUCAAGAUGGUAGUCAAGUUCAUGUUCAUUGUGCAAAACAAUUAAAUUGA